AUGAGCACUGACUCAACACUUGUAGAAUUCAUCUCACAUCAAACUCAUUAUGAACAGUUUGGAGAGAUGAAAGGAUCACUGCAGAUAGAUGGGGGCACUGAAAUGAUGAUUGCUUUACGUGGAGUCAGAGAUCAUUCAUAUGGUGUUCGCAACUGGCAUUCCAUCUAUCGCUAUAUUAUUCACAUGGGGCACCUGGAGGAUGGGAGGUCAUUCCACAUUGGAGUGAUCAGCAUGCCAGGAGCUUUGUCAUAUCUGAAGAUGGGAUUCCUUAUGCAAGCAAAUUCUCGCCAGUUCCCUAUAACUUGGACUGACCUUGACCUUGCCAACAACGGGGAGAACCAGGAUGCACCUGGAGAUUAUGCUUUUAGCUUUAAAGCUGGAGGGAAGCUGUACACACUUCAAGUUAAUGUCCGGUACACCCACAUUUACUAUCAACAUGAAGACUGGCGAUCAGUCGUGCAUGAAAGAAUCGCAAACUUCACAAUGAAUGGUGUAAAGGGCUAUGGGAUAAGUGAACUCCUAUAUAGAAAUGAAGGUAUGUGCCCAAUCACUGAACGACCACAUACUGUGACUAUGUUGAAGGAACCCUCUGUCGGACUUGAAAAGAAUACAUUAGUUUUUCCAUUUACCCAUAAUGCCUGUGGAAGCUCCUUAUUGGUAGGCGGAAAAGGAUCCCAGCUGGCACUUCUAUCAACUGUUGGUGAACAGAUGGGGUUUACUGUCCCUAAAGGGUUUUGUGUAACAAUAGCAGCCUUUGAUCAACACCUACAGAACAAUUGCGCAAUAGAGGAGAAAAUAAGAGAGUUGUCUGAUAUUACAAGUGGUCAAAGAAAUGGUGAUUUCCAGUGUACAUGUGAAGCUCUGGUGAGAAUGUUCCAGAAGUCACCUCUCCAAGCAGAUGUGAAGAUUGCCAUAGAGGAGAUGUUGCAGCAUGUCUUUGCUGAUACCUGGAGGGAGAAGGCUUUUGCUGUGCGUUCCUCUGCAGCAGGUGAAGACAGUGAAGAGAUGUCUGCUGCAGGCCAAAUGGAAACUCUCCUUGGGGUGAGGGGACUUGAGAAUAUCUACACUGCUGUUCUAAAAUGCUGGGCUUCUCACUUCACAUUCCAAGCUGUUGAAUAUAGAAGACAACAUGGUCAAGCAAUCAAGUCAACAAUGGGUGUCCCAAUACAAGAGAUGGUUCAUGCAGAGACUGCAGGUGUGCUGUUCACCAGAGACCCAGUGACAGGUAAUCCAGGUGUGAUGACUAUGAAUGCAAACUAUGGCCUUGGUGAGUCUGUUGUUUCUGGACUUUCUGAUCCUGAUACAAUUGUCAUAUCCAAAACCUGGGAUGAUAAGCUUUCCAUACUUGACAAACAGUUGGGCUCCAAGAAAGUGUCUAUGAAUGUAACAGAAUCUGGUGGAACUGAGACAGUUGAUGUGAAAGAGGAUGCAGUACAUAAAUGCUCAGUAGCUGAUGAUGUCAUAAUACGGCUUGCCAAUAUUGGAAUUGAGCUUGAGAAAGCAUUUGGAGACCCACGUGACAUUGAGUGGGCAGUGUCCAAUAACAAAAUCUACCUGCUACAGGCUAGACCUAUCACCACACUACAGUUAGAGAGCACUAAAGAGUUGAUGCACGAGUUUGACUCGGCGUUGUCCUUCGACACAGAGAGCGUUACCACUGCUAACAUAGGUGAAAUGAUGCCUGGUGCUAUGACUCCUCUCACCAUAAGCACAUUCUUCAGAGCAGUUGAAAACACAAUGCAGGAGUUUUUGCUUGAAGCAGGCUGUAUUGACCAUAAAUGUGAUCUCUACAAGGCAGUAGCACUUGCAUGCAACAAUGCAUUCAUAAACCUACAUAACCUGUAUGGGACCUCUGAACUGUAUGUAUUGGGCAGUGACAAGAGGAUGGUGGACCUGGCACUUCUAGGUUAUGUCAACACGAGCGUCACAAUAGAGCAAUUAAGAAGUAUUCAUGGAGAAUGUUCAUUGCCUUUAAAAUUAUGGCACAAAAUCAUGUCUACUUAUAGUCAGAACAGGUCAUAUGGUAGGACUAAAGAAUGGGAAAGACGAAUCAGAAGUCAAGAGUUCACAGUUGGUCAGAACUGUGAUACAGCUAUAUCUGUCUACAAUGAUAUUGAUAGUAAAAUGAUGGACUAUUAUGAUAUGUGGGUGGACACAAUCCUUAACACUAGUCGCUCAGGCGUGUGGUCAGUGGCAUUAAUAGCAACAAUAUCAGGAGGUGGUGCAGAUUGGACAAGUGAACACUACUCAGAUGUUGCUCUACUCCUAGCAGACUGCACAAAUGUCUACAGUGCUGAUGUUCCCUCUGCUCUACAGGAGCUGGUAGAUGUCAUCUUCAAAACUGGGCAAGCUGAUCAUUUCACAAAACUCACUCCAGAGGAGGCAGCUAAUUGGUUGAAAUCAUCUGAGAGUGGAGAUGCGGGUGAAAGGUUUACACAAUUUUUGAACAUGCACGGUCAUCGGUGUAUUAGAGAGGCAGAAUUUCGGGAAAAAUCCUGGAGAAGUGAGCCUUGGAAAGUAACAGCUGUGCUGCAGAAUAUAGUGCGUGGGCCCAGAAAUAAUAAGGCAGCUAAGGUGGAGACAUCUAUUGAAGAUGCAAUAUCACAAUUGAAAACACCUAUCUCUAAAAAUGCAAGAAUGGUAUUAAAAUUUAUCGUACCAAGAGCACGUAGGGCAGUGGGAGACAGAGAAUGGGGUAAAUCUGUUUCUAUUGAGAUGGUGGACAUAUUCAAGAAAGCAUAUUGGAAACUAGCUAAGCUCAUGGUGACUGAGGGAAGGCUCCCAGAUGAAGACUUGUUGUUUUUCUUCACUCAUCAAGAACUGAAAGUUCUGCUGGAGAGCAGAUCUGGCAGAUUAGUUGCAAAGGCUGCUAAAAGACGACGUAUCUUACCACAACAGAUGUCACUACAUUUCUCCCAUCUCAAUAUGGGUCAUCCAAUUCCAGUAGAGGAAACAGUCUCUGAGGAGGACUACAAGACAUUGACAGAGAUAAAAGGUAUGCCUGUCAGCCAGGGGGAGGUGAAAGGAACAGCCAGGGUUGUCACAUCAUUACAAGAGGCUAAUGAAAUUCAGCAAGGAGACAUUCUGAUUGUACAUUUCACAGACGUUGGGUGGACUCCAUAUUUCCCCCUCAUCGCAGGACUUGUCACAGAAAUAGGAGGACUCGUAUCCCAUGGUGCUGUAGUUGCUAGAGAGUAUGGACUACCAUGUAUUGUCAGUGCACCAAAAGCUACAAAACUCAUUAAAUCAGGUGAUGAGGUGAUUUUGAAUGGAACUUUAGGAACAAUAAAGAGAGUAUUGAAAACAAAUUAGCUAAAUAAACUUAGCUAUGUAAUUUGCCAUCAACUACAACAUUGCCAUAAUUAUAACAGACAAUUUACUGAGACUAUAAUUCGAUGGGUUAGUUUGAAAGACUGGUGUUUACAGUGCAGAUCAAGGACAUGUCUACUGAUAUGACUAAAGUUAGAGGUUUGUUAGAUGAAAUGAAGUCCAAGCUAGAUAAUACAGAAUAUGUUUUAUCAAGUCCAUAUGCCACAUUGGAGCAACAUGCCUGGGCCAUAUUGGAGCUAGAUGUAGAUCUAGAUAAUACAGAAUAUGUUUU